AUGUUUAUCGAUCGACGAAUUUUUUUUAAUUAUCAUCUAUUAUUCUACUUUCUAAUAGUUUUGUUGUUUAUUUGUAUUGGUAUCUAUAAUUACUCCUACGUAGAGCGUCAUCGUAAAUACGAGUACGAAACUGUGAUCGAAGAAGAAAUUAAGUUAUUAUUAUUAAAUUUAACUAAUGAAUUAACUACUUUGAAAAGUUUAAACGAACGCUUUAAAGAAAGACAGGAGCUAAUGCUACAGAAAUGCAGGGAGUAUCAAUUGAAUGAUGAUAAUGGCACGAAGAGACAACCUAAUGCAUGGGAGUUUUUAAUUAAUGACAAAUAUAAACUCGUUUGGUGUAAUGUUUUCAAAGCAGCUUCCACCUCAUGGUUUUACAAUUUUAAUUUACUUGCUGGAUACAAAAAAGAAUUUUUGGACAAAACUAAAGAAACACCAGUAUCAGUGGCCCGUAAAAAAUAUCCAAGACCUUCAGCUGCAGAGCUUUAUGAUGCUUUAAAAGAUCAUUUGAGUUUUAUUAUUGUGAGACAUCCUUUCGAAAGGUUUAUCAGUGCCUACAGAGACAAAUUUAGUUAUCCAUACAAUAAUUAUUUCAGGCCACUAGGAAAGAAAAUAAUAAAAGCUACAAGAGAAAAUAUGUAUCCUGAAAAAUUUUAC